AUGGUCGGGGGUGCCCGGCAUGACGCCGCGCCAUCGCUGACGAGCUCCAACAUCUUCGCCGCGCUCGAGGGUCGCAAGAAGAAGUCCGCGUCCAAGAAGAAGGACAAAGCGCCCAAGGACGCGCCGCACGGAGCGCCAGCGGCGUCGCAAGCCCCAGGCGACGGUCAGAUCUGGGGGUCGGCGGCCGUAACGGUGUCGUCAUGGGCGGACUGCGAAGAUGACGACGACGACUACUUCGCCACUGCCGCGCCGCCCCCACCCGCGCAAGCCCACGCGCACGCUGGUGCUGGAGGCAGCCGCGCGGGCGAGGGCGCGGGCGAGGCGGAGGAGAGCGAAUCGGAGGACGAGAUGUUCGCCGACGAGGUGGGCGGGCACGAGGAGCACGAGGACGACGAGGAGGAGGACGAGAAACCGCACGCGCCUGCCGAGGCUCCGCCGUCGCAGCAGGAGCAGGCGGCGGCAGCUGCGGCAGCGAAGGAGAGGGAGAAGGAGCUGGAUCGGCAGCUGUCGAAGAAGGAGCAGAAGAAGAAGGAACUCGCGGAGCUCGACGCCGUGCUUGCCGAGCUGGGCCUCGCCUCCGCCGACAGUAAACCCGCCGCCGACCAACAAGACGGCAAGGGCGGGGCAGCGGCAGCAACGCCAGCGUUGACGGAGAGCAAGAGCUCGAAGCGGCGCAAGGCGAAGAAGGACAAGGGCAAGGACAAGGACGCCAAUGACACGGACAAGCCCAAGGAUGAGCCUGCCAACGGCGCUGCACAGGCAGACGCGGACGCGGACGCAGCAGCAGCAGCGGUGGCAGCAGUGGAUGCGGAGCGGCUGAAGAAGCUGGCCAGCAAGGUGGGGGGCAAGUCCAAGAAGGGCGGGUCGGCGGAUGCUGCGGCUAAGGCUGCUGCGGAGGCCAAGGAGCGAGCAGCGCGGCUGGCGGCAGCCAAGAAGAAGGACAAGAGCACGCACUACAACCAGGCGCCACGCUAG